GAUGUAAGAGGUUCAUUCUUCUCUCCUACUGCCCCUUCACCUGGGGUUUGACAACAACCAGUCUGCAGACCUCUUCUUCCACCAGCCCUUAGUCAAGCCAGGCCCUGGGACGGGGGCUGGACCUGUAAUGCACCCUUCUGCCUGCUGCAUGCCAAAGGGAAGUGCCUACUAGAGCACUCUGCUAAUUCUCACUCCCUAUCCUUGAAGAUGGCCUCUUCAUACACGACCACCACCACCAUCACAGCGCCUCCCUCCGGAAGCCUGCAGAAUGGACGGGAGAAGCAGAAGACGGUGCCCCUCUACCUGGAAGAAGACAUCCGCCCUGAAAUGAAAGAAGAUAUAUACGACCCCAGCUACCAGGAUGAGGAGGGGGCCCCGCCCAAGCUGGAGUACGUCUGGAGAAACAUCAUCCUCAUGGCCCUGCUGCACUUGGGGGCCCUGUAUGGGCUUGUGCUGGUUCCCUCCAGCAAGGUCUACACCUUGCUCUGGGCAUUUGUCUACUAUGUGAUCAGUAUUGAAGGCAUUGGAGCUGGAGUUCAUCGCCUGUGGAGCCACCGAACUUACAAGGCUCGGCUGCCCCUCAGGGUCUUCCUCAUCAUUGCCAACACCAUGGCUUUCCAGAAUGAUGUGUAUGAAUGGGCCCGGGAUCACCGUGUCCACCACAAGUUCACAGAAACGCAUGCUGACCCUCACAAUUCCCGCCGUGGCUUUUUCUUCUCUCACGUGGGCUGGCUGCUUGUGCGCAAACACCCGGCUGUCAAAGAGAAGGGCGGAAAACUGGACAUGUCUGACCUAAAAGCCGAGAAGCUGGUCAUGUUCCAGAGGAGGUACUACAAGCCCGGCAUCCUGCUGAUGUGUUUCAUCCUGCCCACGCUGGUGCCCUGGUAUUUCUGGGGUGAAACUUUCCUACACAGCCUGUAUGUUGCCACAUUACUGAGAUAUGCCAUGGUGCUCAAUGCCACCUGGCUGGUGAACAGCGCCGCCCACCUCUAUGGGAAUCGCCCUUAUGACAAGAACAUUGAUCCCAGGGAGAACGCCCUGGUUUCGAUGGGAUCUCUGGGCGAGGGCUUCCACAACUACCACCACGCCUUCCCCUAUGACUACUCGGCCAGUGAGUACCGCUGGCACAUCAACUUCACCACGUUCUUCAUCGACUGCAUGGCUGCCCUGGGCCUGGCUUAUGACCGGAAAAGAGUGUCUAAGGCCGCUCUCUGGGCCAGAAUUAAAAGAACUGGAGACGGGAGCCAUAAGAGUGGCUGAGUCUGGGGUAAAACGUAUUACAUAUACACUGAGAAAUGAUUUUUUCAGUCUUACACUUUAAAAAAGAUUUAUUCAGGAUUAUGAAUCGACACAAUCUUGGUUAAUGGAAUGCAAAUAGAUCUUGUAUAACACUUUUCUAAAUUAUUUUUUAAGGAUGUGAUAAUUGUUUUGGUUGUGAGAAGUUGAAUUUUUCCGUUGCCUUCAUUUCAUCUUGUGGUUUGUCUCUUUUGAUAAAUGGCCUUACAUUAAAAUUGUAAACAAAUAUAUAC